CCACGGUCUCGCGUGAUGAGACUUGCGGUGCCGGGUUUUCUGUAAGACAGCAAAGGAGCUUGCUAUUAACAGCUUGUGGGACCUAAACGUGGACAGAACAGCCCCUUGGGCACGAUUGCUGAGGCAGCAAUUGCUUGUUCCUUCCAGAGGAAGGGUACCUGUCACCCUCAGAAAAAAAUCCAAAUUCUUUUCUAUCAGCUCUUCCACGUGGCAGCAGAAUCUAAUUUUUCAUCCUAUGGAUCACUGAAUAAGGAAGAGAUGGUUUUACCUCGUCUCACAGGAGCUCUGCGUUCUUUUUCAAAUGUCACCAGGCAAGAUGAUUACAGGGGAGACUCGUCAGACCUGAUGACCAAAAGAUCAAAGUUGCGUGAACAAGUUUUGGAGUCUGACCUUACUUGGAAGAAAAUAACUCAAUUUAUCACUGGCAAUGUGGACAAGAAGGAGCAUGAAGAAAUAAAAGAGAACUUUAAAGAAAUAUUACAGGCGGCGAAACAGAUUGUGGGUACUGACCAUGGUCAAGAAGCAAUUGAAAGUGGAGCAUCAUACCUUUUCAAGAUUUUCAAUGAUAAGGAUGGUAUUGGCCAGAUUGAGACUAUGGCUAUCAAACAAAUGUUUGGACCUUUUCCAUCUUCAUCUGCUACAGCAGCAUUCAAUGCAAUAUAUAAUAUUGUGUCCAGGCUUAAUGAGGACAAACUAAAGAAGCUUCUACUUCUUUUCGGGGAACAAAGGGAUGAAGGUUCAGAAUUCUUUGGAAAAAAUCUGAAUUUUUCAUUAGACAUGUACGCACUAGAGGAGACCGAGGAUAUGCCUUUAAACUGGAAUACUGAAACCAAAGACAUAAGUUUGGAUUUUAGAAAAUUUCAUAGUGAUCACAUAGAAACACCUGAUGGCACAUCUGGCGGCCAGGCAAGACACAACAGAACUUAUGAAACUGAGGAUGACAGUUCAUUUCUAUAUGAUGAAGUGAAGAAAUAUGUUAUGCAUAACUUACAAAGCAGUUCUGGUGGUCCCACAGUUAAUGAUUUGUGUAGUACUUUAUUUGAGAUGCUUGCAUCUACCAAAAGUAAUGAUGAGCUUCAGAAUGAGUUGUUUGAACUCUUGGGCCCUGAAGGGUUAACCUUCAUUGAAAUGUUACUUCAGCAAAGGCAAAAAAUUGUGGAGAGAUCUCUGAACUACGAUAACAAAAUGUAUACGUCUCAAGAGCAGCGCAUGAGAAAUUAUGGGGAAAACACAAAACCUAAUUAUGGAUGUCAAGUUACCGUUCAGUCUGAGCAGGAGAAGCAGCUAAUGAAACAGUAUCGUCGAGAAGAAAAAAGAAACGCCAAGCGAGAAAAACGGCUGGGAGAUGACGGAGACAUUUCAGGGGAAGGACUUGUAGGCUUUGAUCCCAGAGAGUUACGGAUGCAAAGAGAACAUGCACUUUCCAAUGCGCGGACCAUGCCAAUUUUAGGAAAAGAAAGAGACUAUUGGGAAAGGAUUAAAUAUCCACAUGUUUAUGAUUCACAUGCCGAAGCCAUGAAAACAUCUGCAUUUAUUGGUGGUGCAAAGCUACUUCUCCCAGAGGGGAUUCAAAGAGAAAACAACAAAAUUUUUGAAGAAGUAAAAAUCCCUGUUUCUGAACCAAUGCCUAUUGGAUUUGAAGAGAAACCAGUUUACAUCAAAGAUUUGGACGAGGUUGGACAGCUUGUUUUCAAAGGAGUUAAACGCCUAAAUCGUAUACAGUCCAUUGUGUUUGAGACAGCUUAUAACACCAAUGAGAACAUGCUUAUCUGUGCACCUACUGGAGCUGGCAAGACCAACAUCGCUAUGUUGACUGUUUUGCAUGAAAUCCACCAAAAUAUUGAACAAGGUGUUAUAAAAAAGGAUGCAUUUAAGAUUGUAUAUGUAGCUCCUAUGAAGGCCCUGGCAGCCGAGAUGACAAAUUAUUUCAGCAAGCGUCUAGAGCCACUGGGUAUCAGUGUGAAAGAGCUGACUGGUGACAUGCAGCUGUCAAAAGGUGAAAUUUUACGAACCCAGAUGCUAGUUACCACUCCUGAAAAGUGGGAUGUAGUUACCAGAAAGAGUGUUGGUGAUGUUGCCCUGUCCCAACUUGUGAGACUAUUAAUAUUGGAUGAAGUGCAUCUGCUUCAUGAAGACAGAGGCCCUGUAUUGGAAAGUUUGGUAGCACGAACAUUGCGACAGGUGGAAUCAACACAGAGUAUGAUCAGGAUUCUGGGUCUUUCCGCUACUCUUCCCAAUUACCUAGAUGUGGCUUCGUUCCUGCAUGUCAAUCCUUUCAUUGGCCUUUUCUUUUUUGAUGGACGUUUCCGGCCUGUUCCUCUCGGGCAAACAUUUAUUGGAAUAAAAUCAACCAACAAGACUCAACAACUCCAUGACGUGGAAGAGGUUUGUUAUGAAAACGUUUUGAAGGAAAUUAAAGCUGGAAGACAGGUUAUGGUUUUUGUUCAUGCUAGAAAUUCAACUGUGAGAACUGCAAUGGCCUUGAGAGAACUUGCUAAAAACAAUGGGCAUAUUUGCUAUUUCUUACCGAAUCAAGGACCUGAAUAUGGGCAAGCAGAAAAGCAGGUGCAAAGGUCCAGAAAUAAGCAGCUAAGAGAGUUGUUUCCAGAUGGAUUUAGUAUUCAUCACGCAGGCAUGCUGCGGCAAGAUAGGAGUUUGGUGGAAAACCUUUUUUCACAGGGACAUAUCAAAGUCCUGGUUUGUACAGCCACAUUAGCCUGGGGUGUCAAUCUCCCUGCUCACGCUGUUAUCAUUAAGGGUACACAGAUCUAUGAUGCCAAAAGAGGCUCGUUUGUUGACCUUGGAAUCCUAGAUGUCAUGCAGAUAUUCGGCCGUGCUGGUCGCCCUCAGUUUGAUAAGUUUGGAGAAGGAACCAUCAUUACAACUCACGAUAAGCUUAGCCACUACCUGACUCUUCUUACACAGCAAAAUCCUAUAGAAAGUCAGUUUCUUGAAAGCCUCGCUGACAAUCUCAAUGCAGAGGUUGCACUUGGAACAGUCACUAACGUGGAAGAAGCAGUGAAGUGGCUGAGUUACACUUACCUUUAUGUACGGAUGAGAGCAAAUCCUUUAGUUUAUGGCAUCAGUCACAAAGUUUAUCAGAUGGAUCCUGCAUUAGAGAAGCACAGGGAACAGCUGGUAAUUGAAGCAGGGCGUAAGUUGGACAAAGCUCGUAUGAUUCGAUUUGAAGAGAGAACGGGAUUCUUUUCCUCAACAGACUUGGGUAGAACUUCAAGUCACUUUUACAUUAAAUACAACACAAUUGAGACAUUUAAUGAAUUAUUUGAUGCCCACAAAACAGAAGGGGAUAUAGUGGCUAUUGUGUCAAAAGCUGAGGAAUUUGAGCAGAUUAAGGUGCGUGAUGAGGAAAUUGAAGAACUAGAACACCUAAUUCACAAUUACUGUGAACUACAUGUGGCUGGUGGAGUAGAAAACAGUUAUGGAAAGAUAAACAUUCUUCUUCAGACCUACAUUGGCAGAGGGGAAAUAGACAAUUUCUCACUCAUCUCUGAUUCUGCUUAUGUUGCUCAGAAUGCUGCUCGAAUAGUCCGCGCUCUGUUUGAGAUUGCACUAAGAAAACGAUGGCCUGCAAUGACCUAUAGGCUUCUGAACCUUAGCAAAGUCAUUGAUAAGCGCCUGUGGGGCUGGGCUAGCCCCCUAAGGCAGUUCUCUGUUCUUCCGCCUUCUGUUCUGUCAAAACUAGAGGAGAAGAAAUUGACCAUAGAUAAACUGAAAGACAUGAGAAAAGAUGAAAUUGGUCACAUGCUGCAUCAUGUGAACAUCGGGCUAAAGGUGAAACAAUGCGUCCAUCAAAUUCCAUCCAUUACAAUGGAAGCCACUAUCCAACCAAUUACCCGAACGGUCCUCCGAGUUCGACUGAACAUCAAUCCUGACUUUAAAUGGAACGAUCAGGUGCAUGGAACUGUUGGUGAGCCUUGGUGGAUAUGGGUUGAAGAUCCAACUAAUGACCACAUCUAUCAUUCAGAAUAUUUCCUUCUCCAAAAGAAACAGGUUGUCACCAAAGAACCCCAACUGCUGGUGUUUACGAUACCAAUUUUUGAGCCCUUACCUUCUCAGUACUAUAUUCGAGCCAUAUCAGACAGAUGGUUAGGAGCUGAAGCAGUAUGCAUCAUUAAUUUUCAACAUUUAAUUUUGCCAGAGAGACAUCCUCCUCACACUGAAUUGUUGGACCUUCAGCCAUUGCCGAUCACAGCCUUGGGUCAUAGCCAUUAUGAAGCUCUCUACAAAUUUACGCACUUUAACCCAGUACAGACUCAGAUCUUUCACACGCUCUAUCACACAGACUCCAAUGUUCUUCUUGGGGCACCCACAGGCUCUGGGAAGACUGUAGCUGCUGAACUGGCCAUUUUCCGGGUCUUUAACAAGUAUCCAACAUCUAAGGCUGUGUACAUUGCUCCGCUCAAGGCCUUGGUACGUGAGAGAAUAGAGGAUUGGAAAGUCAGAAUUGAAGAAAAACUUGGUAAAAAGGUUGUGGAACUGACAGGUGAUGUUACCCCUGAUAUGAGGGCCAUUGCUGAGGCCGACUUAAUUGUUACAACCCCAGAGAAAUGGGACGGAGUCAGUAGAAGUUGGCAAAACAGAAGUUACGUUCAGAAAGUUUCCAUACUCAUAAUUGAUGAAAUCCAUUUGCUUGGGGAUGAGAGAGGGCCAGUGUUAGAGGUGAUUGUAUCUCGUACAAAUUUCAUUUCAUCACACACUGAGAAAACUGUUCGGGUUGUUGGUCUAUCAACAGCUUUAGCUAAUGCCCGGGACCUUGCAGAUUGGCUGGGAAUUGGUCAGAUGGGACUGUUUAAUUUCCGGCCUUCGGUUCGACCAGUUCCGUUGGAAGUUCACAUUCAGGGUUUCCCAGGCCAACAUUAUUGUCCACGAAUGGCUAGUAUGAACAAACCUGCAUUUCAAGCCAUUAGAAGCCAUUCACCUGCGAAGCCAGUCCUUAUCUUUGUGUCAUCCAGGCGUCAGACCCGACUAACUGCCUUAGACCUGAUUGCAUUUUUGGCAACAGAAAAUGACCCUAAGCAGUGGUUAAAUAUGGAUGAAAGAGAGAUGAAUGAUAUUAUUGGAACAUUAAAAGAUUCCAAUCUGAAACUGACUCUUGCAUUUGGCAUUGGAAUGCAUCAUGCAGGCUUACAUGAACGGGAUCGACGGACAGUGGAAGAGUUGUUUGUCAACUGCAAAAUUCAAGUCCUUAUUGCCACUAGUACAUUGGCAUGGGGUGUGAAUUUUCCAGCCCAUUUAGUAAUUGUAAAAGGAACAGAAUUUUAUGAUGGAAAGACAAGACGCUAUGUGGAUUAUCCCAUUACAGAUGUACUUCAAAUGAUGGGUCGUGCUGGUAGACCUCAGUUUGAUGACCAGGGGAAAGCUGUGAUCUUGGUCCAUGAUAUAAAAAAAGAUUUUUACAAGAAGUUCCUGUAUGAGCCAUUCCCAGUAGAGUCAAGUUUGUUGGAAGUAUUGUCCGACCAUCUAAACGCAGAGAUUGCAGCCGGAACCAUUACAUCAAAGCAAGACGCAAUGGACUAUAUCACAUGGACAUACUUCUUCCGUAGACUCAUGAUGAACCCAAGUUAUUACAACUUGGAAGAUGUUGGACAUGAAUCGAUGAACAAAUUUCUUUCAAAUCUUGUAGAAAAGUCACUGAUUGAUUUGGAAUGUUCCUACUGCAUAGAGAUAGCAGAGGAUAAUCGAAGCAUUGAGCCCCAGACCUAUGGGCGCAUUGCUUCCUACUACUACUUAAAGCACCAAACUGUCCGGAUGUUCAAGGACCGCUUAAAAUCAGAUUGCAGUGUAGAAGACCUACUCUCCGUACUUUCUGAUUCUGAGGAAUAUGCUGAUCUCCCAGUAAGGCACAAUGAGGACCAAAUGAACAGCGAGUUGGCUAGACACCUUCCUAUUGAAGUUAAUCCUCAUUCGAUGGAUAGUGGCCACACCAAGACACAUCUGCUUUUACAAGCCCAUUUUAGUAGGGCUAUGUUACCCUGUCCUGAUUAUGCCACUGACACCAAAUCUGUUUUGGAUAAUGCCAUCAGAAUUUGCCAGGCAAUGCUGGAUGUUGCAGCUCACCACGGCUGGCUUGUGACAGCUUUAAACAUUGCUCAUUUGGUGCAAAUGGUGGUUCAGGCUCGAUGGGUAAAUGAUCCUUGUCUGAUAACAGUGCCGAACUUAGAGAAGCAUCAUCUUCAUCUAUUUAGCAAAUGGAACCAAGGAAAGCGGAAAGCUAUCUCAGGAGAUUUCACAGGCCCCAUUGAAUGCCUCCCGGAGCUGAUUGCUGUAUGUGGUGGAAGGGAAGAUAUUUUCUCCAGCAUUCUAGAGCAUGAUGUGCAAGUGACACAAAUAUCCCAGGCAUGGAAUUUUGUAUCAAACCUUCCAGUGAUUGACGUUAGUCUCUGUAUCAAAGGCUGGUGGGAGAAUGAAAGCCAGACAUUGCCUAUUCAUACUGUACCCCCAGGAACACAAGACAAAAAAUGGAUGAUGCUUCAUGCCGAUCAAGAAUAUGUGCUUCAAGUAAAUCUGCAGAGAAUUCGUACAGGAUACAGAAAGGGAAGACAGGACAGCAAAGCAAUUGCCCCUAAAUUUCCCAAAGCCAAAGAUGAAGGAUGGUUUUUAAUUUUGGGUGAAGUGGACAAGAGAGAACUUGUUGCAUUAAAAAGAAUUGGAUAUGUUCGGAAUAGGAAUUCUGUAUCGGUGGCAUUCUACACUCCAGAAAGCACGGGAAGGUAUAUUUAUACAUUAUAUUUGAUGAGUGAUAGCUAUCUUGGCAUGGACCAACAGUACGACAUAUAUCUAAACAUUGUCCCAGCUAGUAUAUCAGCACAAGUCAACUCCGAGGUCACUGGGGCUCUCGGCACUCUGGCUCUGCAGUAACCUGAUCCCACAAUGCUACUGGAAGAACUGAUUUUUUUCUGUAAAAACAGCUGUUAAUUCAUUCUGGGCUGCAAGAAAACUGCCUCAUGCUUCCCUGGAGAAAUCAACUUUCAACCUCAGCGCACUUAAGAAUUUGGAUGGGUUCACUGGAUCACCUUGUAAAUGCUGUAAACACGUUGCCAAAUGGGCCUUACAGAUUGCUGCCAUUUUACAAAAUGAGUGGACCAUGUAUUUCUGUUGUAAUUAUGCAGAAUGUAAAAAAAAAAUACUAUUGGCUGCAUUAAGUAACAGUAAUGUUCAAUUGAUGGGAUCAAUCAAGGACUGAGUCUUUAGUAGGUAUUGUGCUGAAUUCUGAUUGCGCUCAGUUCUUGUAACAGUACAAUAACCUGAACACAGAAUAUCUGUUUGCCAGAAAUUUAAGAACACUUCACAGGCAGUUUGUUAACUUAAUUGUUGAUUACUGUUUACCUGUAAGAUACAAAUGACUCUGUCUGAAAUAAUGUUUUGUUGUAAGUUAUGUCAGCCUGGCAUUAUGUAUGGUUUUUGGGUUUGUUUUUUCCCAAUAAUAUUUCUGGAAAUGCCAAGAAUGUUUAUACUAUAUAUAUAUAUAUAUAUAUAUAUAUAUAUAUAUAUAUAUAUAUAUUAAUACAUACAUACCAGCAGCCAUGCACAUUUAUACAGUAUCUAGCAACAGUUUAGUAAAAUAAAUUCAUAAGUUGCCAUCCAAAGAACAUACAUGUGCAAUAUAACAUAUUCUCAGCCAUUUUUGCAAUAUUCUGUUAUUGUUAUAAAUGCUGUUCUGCUUAAAUCCUGGCUUUGAAUUACCCGGUAUAUGCAGAGAAAUUGUGUUUUUAUUCUAAGCUGCGGUGGAGCUACAGUUUCCCAGCUGGAUCUUUAGUUCUGGCUACAAACAAACAAGCUGGGCGAUUCUGGCAAAAGUAACCCAGUUGGAUGAGUUGUUCCUAAUUGUUUUCAAGGAAACAAAAACACAAACUGCAUGGUUCUGACACAAUUUUAGCUCAAUUUGAAUGUCAUGCCAUUGAGAUGAAUAGAAAUGACACUGUCUGGCUCAUCAGAUCACAUUUAACUAACUGUAUUCUAUGGCUUUGGCAGGUCCUUGCAACUGGCAUCACUGGUCUUAUUUGCUGUACUGUAUUCAACUCGUAAAGCUAAUGGCUAGUUUUAAUGGGAUAAAAAAUUGGCAGUUUUACUACGAUGUAGACAUUACUACUUGUAAGACAAUUCAUUAUUUUUUUUAACUAUUUGCCUCACUGUUCUGCCUCUCCAUUUAGGCAGUGUCAGUGAUCCCACCAACCUAAAAUAGGUUAUUCUCAAGGCUAGAUUUGCACCAAUUAAUACCAAACUGAAGUAAAAACUGAGUAAAAACUUACAAUUACAAACUCAGAAAGAACAAUUAAAAAAAAGGCCAGUAAACGAGAUUUGUCACCCAUGGUUAAAUCUGGGAUACUGCGGGCAAUAAAUCUCUCCAAAGUGCUUUCCCAUCAGCUAUAAAGUGAAUAACCGGCAAAACAUAUCGAUCUACCACCCAUAAAAUUGUCUUGUAAUAUCACUGUAUAGAGUUAAUAUCAUGGUGGACAUCUUAUGUUAUGGCUAUAAUACAUAUGGUGAGAUAGCAAGCUUAUUGUCCAGAGAUAUUUCUGAAGCAGUCUGGGCUAAAAAGUGAAUAAAAUACCCACUUUUGUAAAAUAUAAGGAUAUUAUAAGUCACAGAGAAGUUCCAUACAGGUCAUUGAACUAUCACCAAGGUGAUAAAUAUCCUUGUAUUUUUCAUCAGGUGGUAUUUUAUGUAUUAUAAUACACAAGUUUUAGUGAUUGCUGUGACAAAUGACAUCACUACGCACCAUUUAUAAGGAUAUAAUUUGCAGGAUAUUUAUGGGUCUUGUGUAUUAUAUAAUUUUAAUGUUCCUUUUGCAUCCCAUUGAGCUUGUAGGUUUCUUCCAGUGUUCUUUUCCUUAUCCCUAUUAAAAAUCCAUGAACAUUUAUAUUUUUUGGCUUUGUUAUGAUUAUAUAAAUUAAUUUGCCAUUGCCUUCUAAUUAUUCUUGGUAUUUUUUUAAGUGUUUUUAGAUCUCAAUUGGAAAGAACACUGUGAGUACCCAGAGUAUGUUAGCUGGUAUUCAAAGCCAGGCUAAAACCAUAAGAUAUCUUAGUGUUUAAUAUUCACAAGCCACAGGCCUUAGAGGUUUCUUAAGUGGUGGCAUUGGCAAAAUGGCAAGAUUUUUUUCCUGUGACGAUGUCCAUUCUGCUUCCAUUUAGCUGUUGUUGAAGUAUAACUUCCACCAGACUUCAUGCCCUCUGGGGGGUAGCAGCUAGGCUUUUAUGUUAUUAAAUUGGCUUUGUCAGCCAGGCCUUUUGCGUUACCUUCGGACUCUCUGACUUCAGCCCUUGAAAUUGUAUUCAUUUCUUUUGCGGCUACAUUACUUGGGCACAUAGCUAUACUAACUGCUGAUUGUGUAUUAGCGCAGUAAAUUAAUGUAGCAUUGAUUACAGUGGUUUUCUCCCAUUUUACCUUUGCCUUCUCAUGUGUAGUCCCCUGGGUGUUGCUUAUUUUAAAACCUGCAAUAUUAGGUAUGCCUCAGCUUUCACCGCAGUUUCUAAAACCCAGGAAGACCACAUGGAUUUCUGGUAGUUGUAGUUCAACUUUUAGCUGAAGGUGAGCACUAGGUUGUAAAUGUCUGUAAGACGGAUAUUGGAACUGAAUAUUUGUUUGCUGGAAUCUCUCUCUUUAUAAAUACAUCUCUUCACAGUGGCUACAACAGUUUGUUGGAGCUGCUGGUAGUUGUCGCUCAGUAGGCACACAAGGUGAUGAAAGCUGCUAAGGUGAGCAGGCCCUUAUACACAGCUCAUGUAUAGCUGAUUAGAAAUUAGUGUUGACAAAAUGAAUGGAUGGUUAAAAAUGCAACUUUGCUUUUGUUGUUCUAGAUACAAAUAAAUGGAAAUAAAUCAUUAAA